CUCUUUCAAACAAAACGGAUUAUCUAGAGAUCCUUGUUCCUUGUGAACUCAAGCUAGUACCUUCGCCCCCGUAGCCAUGGCGUCUUGCAUUUCUCUACGCACCGCCACCGGCGUUUCCCCGCUUGCGUUGGUCCAGGAUGCGAAAUCCACCUUUCAACGCAAUGCAGUGGCUCUCACCGCACGGCCGUCUGGUCUCCGUCAAAAGAUGACGGCGUCCAGGCUGCAAAUCGUCGCCAUGGCCGGCCAUGCUGGGGGUGUCGAGCCGGACCUGAGCGAGGAGUCACGGGCGGCAUGGCUUACCGCGGGCGAGGAGAGCCAGCAGGAUAAUACCUUCAAGUACGGCAAGGUGGAUGGUGCUCAUGCCUACCACGAUGGCGAUGAUGGCGAGUUCUGGAGCAACGUCGAGGCCUCUCUCAAGGAGGCCGGUGGCCCCGUUUCGACAGAACAAAAGGGACUUGCAUGGGCUUUCCUUCCAGCCUUCUUCGCUGGUGUUGCUUUCGGCCUCCCAUCUGAAUAUUACAUCGGCUUCACAGUUCUCUUCGUUUUUGCUUACUGUGGAAUUGAGAUGGGCAAGCCAUCAAAGCCUACACACUUUGAGCCUGAUAUGUACAAGAUCAAGUGAGCUGUAGAGCACCAUCAAACAGUUGCAACAUUCAAUAUUUUACUAUAAUUUGUACUAUGUAUUCUCAGGACAUGGGGUGCUGUAAAGCUGUAGGUCAUGGCAGAGAUGUACCUGCAGCUCUUGUCCUGAAUACGUAUUGGUUCUGAUCAAUUGCAUUAGCAACUCUGG